AUGGCCACUAACACUUAUCAGUGGCAAACUCCACGGGCUAGAGGUCCAAAGCCCGUUGUAUAUCGGGCUGAGGCAGAUCCUACAGCAGCCUUGGUGGCACAAGUAGAGCUACUUUCCAAAAAGAUAGAACAACUUCAAAUGUCAGUCCAAGCAGUUCAGCCCGGAUGUGAAUUCUGUGGUGGACCGCAUUACAGUGCCAAUUGUAAAGCGGGAGGGUGGAGGAAUCAUCCUAAUUUUGGAUGGAGGAAUUCCAAUAACCAAGGUCCAUCAAGAUAUCAGAGGUUGCAUCCGCAGCAACCUAUGCAUUCUGUUCCCCAUCAACCAGAAGGUAGUCAAGAGAAGAAACCUAACUUGGAAGAGUUGAUGACGAAGUUCAUUGCAACUUCGGAGAACAGAUUUCGACAAACACACAGUGCCAUUCGGAAUCAACAAGCUUCAAUUCAGAACUUAGAAACUCAAAUUGGGCAGUUGUCUAGGAUGAUGGCUGAGAGGCAGCCAGGCACGCUUCCAAGUAACACAGAGUCUAAUCCAAGGGAGCAUGCCAAAGUGGAUGAGUCGAAAAAGAAAGAUAAGCCUGAGGAGAAAGAAAAGGGAGCAGUUGAAGAGAAGGAGGAUUUGAAGAAGAUUCCUUCGAGGCCAUACCAACCUCCCAUUCCAUAUCCUGCAAAACUCAACCAGGAUAAAGUUGAUCAGCAAUUUGGCAACAAGAGGAAGUUAGAGGAUUUGGGAUUGGUGAUCUUGAAUGCUGAAUGCUCAGCAGUGUUUCAGAGCAAGAUUCCAGUCAAACGACGCGAUCUGGGGAGUUUUACUAUACCUUGUUUGAUUGGGGAUAAAUUGAAAUUGCUAGCAUUAGCUGAUUUGGGAGCUAGCAUCAAUUUGAUGCCUAGUUCAUUAUUUGAGGAGUUAGGACUAAGCACUUCUAAGCUAACUCCUACCAGGAUGAGUAUACAACUAGCAGACAGAACUGUUAAGUACUCGAAAGGGAUUAUAGAGGAUGUGCUAGUUAAAGUUAACAAAUUUAUAUUUCCUAUGGAUUUUGUUGUCAUGGAUAUGAAUGGUGAGAGUGAUGUCCCAUUGAUCCUAGGUAGACCAUUUUUAGCUACAUCUAAAGCUUUGAUAGCUGUUAGUAGCGGAAAGCUGGAACUUAGGGUAGAUCAUGAGAGCAUUACAUUUGAUUUGACUAAAUCCUUGAGAUACCCAUAUGAGCAUGAUGGUACUAUCUGUUCGAUUGAUUUUAUCAAUGAUAUUGUGGAAUCUCAAUUGCAGGAAAUAAUGAUUGAUGAUCCUUUGCAAGUGCUAGAGCACUUAUUAGCUGCUGAUGUUAAUGAUAAAAAGGCUGAUGGUUUUAUUGAUCUUGACAGGUCAAGAGUAAAGAAGCUGAAGCCUUCUUUGGAGGAGCCGCCCAUUCUUGAGUUGAAAGAGUUGACAGCGCACUUAAUGUAUGCCUACCUAGAUGAAGCAAAGCAAUUACCGGUUAUUAUUUCCGCUCAUCUCACACCUAAGGAGAGGGAGAUGGUGUUGUGUAUUUUGAGAAGGUAUGCAAAGGCAUUUGCGUAUAAGACGGUUGACAUACUAGGAAUAAUCCCGAGUUACUGCCUUCAUAAGAUUUUGAUGGAGGAUGAGUUCAAACCAGUGGUGCAGCCACAAAGGCGGUUGAACCCUCAUAUAAAAGAGAUGGUUAAAAAGGAGGUAAUUAAACUUCUUGAUGUAGGUUUAAUUUACCCUAUUUCUGACAGUGCUUGGGUCAGUCCUAUGCAGGUGGUUCCCAAGAAAGGGGGCAUGACGGUGGUGAAAAAUGAAAAGGAGGAGCUGAUCCCUACACGAACGAUUCCCAUAGCACCAGAAGACCAAGAGAAGACGACAUUCACUUGUCCUUAUGGCACUUUUGCCUAUAGGAGGAUGCCGUUUGGCUUAUGUAAUGCACCUGCGACCUUUCAGCGGUAUAUGAUGGCCAUUUUCCAUGACAUGAUAGAGGAGUCGAUGGAGGUCUUCAUGGAUGACUUCUCUGUAUUCGUUGCAGCUGUUUUAGGCCAGCGCAAGGAGAAGAAAUUCCAGCCUAUUUACUAUACUAGCAAGAUGCUUACGGAUUCCCAAGAACACUAUACAACCACAGAGAAGGAGCUCCUAGCUGUCGUGUUUGCUUUUGACAAAUUUCGUUCCUACCUUGUGCUGUCAAAGACAAUUGAAUUUGACUUGGAAAUUAAGGACAAACGAGGAGCUAAAAAUCUUGCAGCAGACCAUCUUUCUCGAUUAGAGAACCCGCACUUGGAGGAGCUUAAUGAGAAAGAGAUCGAUGACUUCUUUCUGGAUGAGCACCUAUGCUCAAUGCAGGUGGCAAAUGCUAUUCCUUGGUUUUCUGAUUAUGCAAAUUAUUUGGCUGCAAGGAUCAAAUUAUCAGGAGGUGUUUAUAUGGGGAGGAGAUCAUUCAAAUUCUCAAGCAUUGUCAUGAGGGACCGGUUGGUGGACACCAAGCCGCAAACCAUAUGGCCAGGAAGGUUAUGGAUGCUGGUUUUUAUUGGCUGA